GAUAUUUUCUUAUACCGCCUUUCACAUUGACAAAACAAAUGGAAUAUUAUAUAACUUUUUUGUAACAAGAUCAUAAAGAAUUAAAAUGACCAUAUGAAGUCAUCAUAUAAAAGAAUUUAAAAAUGCAAUUACACAAAGUAAACAGGAAAUUUGUGGUAUUAAAUAAUAAUUUUUUUUAUUGUAGGCAUUUGUCGCAAGUGCAUAGAUCUUGUGCACAAUCUUCCUGAUGUUCAUAUAGAAAACCUGACUCAAACAGACUUGAAGGUAAAGGUUGGAAAUGUAGAUGAAAAGAAUGUCUUAUCUGCCGUCACACAGAGGCGUGCUGCUUAUAGUCUGCAACCAUUUGAAGAUGAUCAAAUUGAGGGGGAAUACUUUGAACAUUCAGACCAGUUUUCAUCACAGGAGAGUCCUCACCUGUCACAGACCUCAAACUGGAGUGAUGAAAAUACAACCGGACUUGAGGCAUUUAAUAGUGUAAUCCAAACUAUAUCAAAGGGAAAAUUUAGCCCCUUGAAAUAUCAACUGCAGAAACCUCUUCAAGACAUAACAGCUCAAAACAGAAAUUACUUACAGAAAAAAGCAUCGCAGAUGGUCCAUAGUGUACUGGAAAUGGUUGCUCCCGGACAGUCGAAAGAGCUUUUGAAACUCAUUAAGGAGCCUGAACAACCCACAAAAUCCAACGAAGAAUCUGAGCAUCUAAUGCAACAGUUGACUAAAAUUUAUUAUGAAUCCUCUUACAAUGCUGUGAAAGACCAUACUCUUUCUAUAAUGGCUGGACUGUCGACAAAAGAAAACCUGAAGAACAGAAUUCCAGGACUUACAAAUUACCAUAUCAACAAAGUUAGAGCAGUUACACCAGACCAAAUCUUUCAGAAGGUAAAUGAACCACCAAAGAAAAGACAAAAAAUGGACCAAACCAAACUAGAACACUGUCUGUCAUUUUUUUUCAACUCCUCCUUUCAUCAACUUGUGUCUUAUGGUACAAAGGAUUUGGAACUUGAUUCAGGCGAAAAAAUAGUUAUCCCAGAUGUCCUUCGGACUGCUUGCCAUUCUACAAUUAUUGACUUGUAUGAACAACAUUGCAAGGACACUGGCUUCUUACCGCUCUCAAGGGCAUCAUUAUUCCGAAUAUUAUGUGCCUGCUCGGCUUCUAAGCGUCGGAAUCUCUACGGCUUGGAUAAUAUUACAGCUGAUGGCCUAGCUGCUUUCAAGUCUUUGAAUAACAUCCUUGACAAUCUUGAGCUUAAAGGCAUCAUAGACAUGGAUAAGAAGGCUACCAUGAGACAUCUUCUCUCUGAAAGUCAAAACUAUCUGAAGAGAACCUUCAAGUUUCAUGUUUCAGUGAAUUCUUCAUGUGCUGACCAUUGUAUAACAUGGGCUUGCAGCGACACCAACGAUGACAAAUUUCAGUCAGUGUGCAAUCAUGAUCAUGUAGACAGCUGUCAACAGUGUGAAAAUCUAUCAAUGGUCCUAGAUCAGCUGUGCUCCUUAAACUUAGAGGAUGAUGAGGCAUUGGAUGUCAAUGAGGCAGUAAACAACAUCCAAGCAUGGAAGGCUCACAUCAUAAGAACGAUAAACCAAGAUCGUGGUAGAGUGGAUCUUCUAGAUGGCAUGCAAACAUGUCAAAUACUCUUGAUCAUGGACUGGGCCAUGAAGUGCCUCCCGCUUUUACAUCGAGAGAAGCAGUCUGAUUGGUUUGGCCAAAAAGGGAUCUCCUGGCAUGUUACAGUUGGCAUCACAAAAGAUGACAAAGGAACUUUGAAGCAUAGCACUUGGGUGCACAUUUUGGAAAGUGGAAAACAGGACUGGUUUAGUGUAGCAUCCCUCUUAGAGCAUACCCUCUCAGCUGUGGUUAAGCAGUAUCCUUUUGUCAAAGAGGCGUUCAUCAGGUCUGACAAUGCUGGGUGCUACCAUAAUGGAUAUCUGUGGAGUUCGAUUCCAUCUAUAUCUGAGAGAUCAGGAAUUGAGAUUAAGAGAUACAACUUUAGUGAAGCACAAUCAGGAAAAUCCUAUUGUGACGCCAAAAUUGCUCAUCUAAGGAAGAAGAUGAGAAUGCAUGUUGCGGAUGGAAAUGACAUCAAGUUCCCAGCUGACAUGAAGAUGGCCUUAGAUAGUGGAGGUGGAGUUACAGGAUGCCAAGUAGCAGUUGUGGCAGUAGAUUACAGCCAUCAGCAGAUAUUCAAUCACAAAUGGAGGGAUGUACGCUUCAUUACAGAUCUGGAAGUAGAGGCUUCUAAGAUGGUCACAUACCAUGCAUAUGGCAUUGGAAAUGGAAAUAUUAUUGAGACAUCCUCAAUGGUCUCUUCACAGCAAAAUUCGACAGGUCUAAAGAUCUUAUCUGACUUCAGGAAACCAGAGAAGCAAGAAGGUCACAUACGGAAUCCAACUAUUAUUAAGGAGCCCCAUCAGUGUUUCCCUUGUUCAGAGGAAGGUUGCGUACAAAGUUUUUGUACCUUUGAGGACUUUGAGGAACAUAUGUACUUUGAAAAGCACACCUAUGAAUUUGAUCAAACUACAGAUUUAUCUACGUUUGACAAAGUGAAACUGAGGUGGGCAGAAAAGUGUAAUUUAGUCACAGAGAGUGAAGAGCCGAUCUCCAUUCCAUCAACAUCAGGGUAUGAUAAAUCCAAACAAAGUGCUGCACCAAAAGGUUGGGCUCUUCGAAAGGAAAGAAAACAAGUUCGAUUUAAGCAGCAUGUGCGAGAUUUCCUCAAAGAUGUAUUCAAGACAGGUGAAGAUUGUGGAAAGAAGGCUAAUCCUAUAGAAGUUGCUUUGGAAAUGAGAAAAAAAACUGAUGAUAAUGGUAAGCGUAUCUUUGCAGCCCAGGAUUGUUUAAAACCGAGCCAGAUAAUGUCUUACUUCUCGAGAUUAACAUCUCAAUGCAAAGAUUCCUUCAAGAAAAACAGAGAAGAAGAGAUGGAGGAGGAUGAGUACCUAGAACAUGUUCUGUAUGAAAUUGAAAUGCAGGAAAUCAGAAACAAUGUACAGUCUUCUCAUGCUUAAAACAUUGAUAGUUUGUUUGUAUGGACCUAUUUCUAGUUUAAACACAAUACCAGUACCACUAAUGUAAUUUUUAUGCGCCCGGAUCGAAAGAUCUGAGGCGUAUAUUGUUUUUGUCCUGUCUGUCUGUCUGUUUAUCUGUGUGUCUGUUUGUCUGCCAACUUUAACCUUAGCCAUAACUUUUGAACAAUGAAUGAAAGAGACUUCAUAUUUUAUAUGCAUACUCCACUUAUAAAGCUUUUUCAAAUGACACCAGGGUCUAUGACCUUGUGACCUUGACUGUGUCCUAUAUGCAGAAGAUAGCUUUUUUUAAUCUUCACCAUAACUUUUGAACCAUGAGAGAUAGAGAUUUCAUAUUUGGUAUGCAUACUACAUUAAUCAAGUUCUUUCAAAUGACACCAAGAUCUAUGACCUUCUGACCUUGACUGAGACCUUUAUGCUAAAGAUAUGUUUUUAAACUUUGUUGUUGCUGGGCGCAUAGUGUUUCACAAGCACAUCUUGUUGUUUUACAAACUGUGGUAAAUAAGAUGCUUUAGUUAGAAAUAGGGAAAAAUUGUAUAUAUUACACUGCUGUUUUGUUGACUAUGAAAAAGCUUUCUAUAAUCUAGUCUAAGGAUGAAGCUUAAAUCAUAUGCCAUUAAUGUAAAGAUGAUGUGCAUGAUUAAAUCGCUUUAUCAGAAUGUGAAAGCUUGUAUAAAACAUAAUGGGACAUUAUAUCAGAGUAUUUCAAAUUUUCAGCUGGUGUAUUACAAGGUGAAAUUUUGUCACCAUUAUUGUUUUAAAUGUACAUAUGUUGAUGAUUUUAAAAACAAUUUUAUAUCUACCUAUUGUCCAUAGCUAGAACUACAUAUACAUGCAUAAUAGAACUACAAAUGAAUUAUUUAUUUUUACUUCUGUAUGCUGAUGAUACAGUACAAAUCUCAUAAAUGACAGAUGGUCUACAAAAUAUGUUUGAUUCAUUGUAUGUAAAUGUUCAGAAUACAAAAAUAGUAGUCUUUAGAAACUGAAAUUUUAAGGAAGGCCUGAAGGCAUGAAGCUUAAGAUGUUGAAUAAGUACAUUUUUCAUUCGGUAAAAGAGUACUUAAGGUUAAACAAUACAUAUCACUGUAUGGUAAUAUAUUGUGAAUUGGGUGAAUUUCCUCUUGAACUGAUCAGGGAAAAGAAAAUCCUUGAAUACUAAUUAUUUUAAAUUAAAAUGAUAAUUGUAUUCUUCAAGCAUGUCUCCAAGAAAGGAUAGGAAAUAAUGAUAAUUGGGUUGUAAAUAUUUGUUAUUGUUAAAACUCAAA